AUGCCCAAAACAAUCGCAAGUCGUCGCGGUCGCUUCUUAGGUCCGUACCGCUUCGCUCCAUCCGAACCUCCCGAUGACAGGUCCGAUGCAGCAGCAGCAGCGCGUGGCACGACCCUCACGCCUCGGACUGGGCCCAAACCUCGCAUCAAAGGAUACGAACUGGUCUUUUUAGUAAAUUGGCUCGAUCUCUGCAUAUUGCAGGGAGAUGACGAUCAAUUCCAGGAAACGCUGGUCAAGGAGUUCCAGAAGAGGUUCGGACGCGUUGUGAACGCGAAAACUGCCGAAGGAAAAGUCGUCGUAAACCUGCAAGAAUUGGCAGGCAGAAUAGGGUCCAAGUAUGUCAGCAAAAGAGAGGUUCUUUCCAAGGGUAGCCGAUGUAUCGAGUGGCAUCGCGCGCCUGAAGAGCUGGUAUUUGAAUACAAUACCAUGCGACAAGAGUUGGGGCUUCCUCUCAUCAUCGCCGACGAAGAAGAGACGGAGCGGAAUAAACUAUUUCGAGCUUCAGACUCAGAAACGGCCUCGACUUCAGUGGCAGAAGAAGAGCCGGAGCUAGGAUCGAUAUCAGAACCACGACCAAGCUCUUCUUCACGACCUUCACCUUUUCGGCAUCGACCAUCCUCUGCUGCGAAGAAUGGCUCUUCAACUUAUAGAAGUAAAGCGAAAACCACGAAAACCACGAUUACAAAGACCAUCACACCGCCUGUCUCAGUCCCAGCCCGAGCGGAGUUAGAAGUUGCCGAAAGUCAAGAUUCUAGUGAAACAGAUUCCACUGUUGCAAGCAAAGAGCUUGAGGAGACCGAUCAAACAGACCAGACCGAUCUUUCUCAAAUGAACUGGCAAACUACCGGGGAACAGCAAGGCGCGAUCGGACUCCCCCGAAAUGGUCGAGAUAACAAGAUCAAUUUACUUUCAAAUAUGAUAUCGUGGUUACUGCAGCGUCACAGAGAUGGUUGGCUCGGCUCAGACGCCGAGCUGGCGCGUUUGGAGAGCGUACGUAAAGAGGUGGUCAGCGAACGUGACAAUGUUUUUGAAUCACUUUUGAACGAAUUGACUGGGGAAGAAAGGAAAACGACCAAGUUCCAGAGUAUCAUAAAAAGCGUAGUCGGCAGAAUCAGCGUUAUCGAGCCCGAGACAGUACAUGCGCCCCAGGCUCCAUUUACGAAAGCGAUCGACGGCGAAUGGAGGUUGUUGUGGGAACGAUGUAGACUAUUGACACGGACGAUUUUGGUUGACCGGAAAUUCACAGAGCCAGACUUCCAGCGACUGUACGAAUCGAUCGAUGUAACCUUCUCAAGCGAUCUGCAUUAUAAAGCCAUCAUUCAACAGAGUGCCGAAUACCGUACUGCCCACGAAAGCGACGUGCUCCUUAAGCUUCACGGUUCACUGGCCCGUCUACUGUUUAUAUUUGUUUUCGAAUAUCCGACACCGCUUCUCGAAAGCCAACAUUCAGAAUUGCUCAAACAUUUAUAUACCAUGAUUGGUGCAGCAGGGGACAUGUCCGAGGUCAAGCGCUUGGACUUGCUUGCAACCGAGAUGCUGCUCAAAGAGGACCGAGUUCAAAACACCUUGAUACACCAAAAAGCACAGCAGAGAUCUUCCUGGAUAAGCCAGAUGCUCGGGCUCAAUUCGUCGCCAGAUCCAUAUGACACGAUCGCUGGGGACCUGAGGGAGCUUUGCUACCGUGCGAUCAAACUCUACUCACAGCUUUUGGUGAGUCCAUUGGAAUACUGUAUCCAUUUUUUCCCGCAAGGAACAACAUUCGAUGAGCCUUCUAUGAAGGUGGAGGACGCGUUUGGGAAUGCACUGCCAACAUCGCGGUGCAUUGGCAGGACAGUCCGAUUAUGUCUGUUUCCGGCAAUUUGGCAAUAUUGUGACCAGCCUUUGAAUCAGACUAGGGAUGUUGCCGAUGCCUUGACGGUAAAUAGGAAAUUUCUCAGAACGCACAUGGGCGAUUCGAAGGUCCAUCUAUCACUGGUUUCGAAGGCAGUGGUGCUUCUUGAGUAG